CUUCUUUAUUCUCCUCCUAUCUCUGCAUCCCUUCUCCUUCUAUAUCCUCAUUUCCAUUGUUCUUUUCCCUCCUGUCCAUCCCUCUCCUCUCUUAAAUAUCCUCCUUCACCGUCUUCCUACAUCCAUCGUUGUGUAAACAAAUACCCAGGCUUCCUCAGCACCGGUGAUCAGUCGGCUAAGGGGAACUACGGCCUGCUGGACCAGAUUCAGGCCCUGCGUUGGCUCAACGAGAACAUUGGCCACUUUGGCGGAGACCCAGAGAGGAUCACCAUCUUUGGCUCAGGAGCUGGGGCAUCCUGCGUCAACCUCCUCAUCCUCUCACACCACUCGGAGGGUCUGUUCCACAGGGCCAUAGCCCAGAGUGGAACUGCCAUCUCCAGCUGGUCUGUCAACUACCAGCCCCUUAAGUACACCAAGAUCUUGGCCCGGAAGGUGGGCUGCACCUACACGGAGACGGCCGACCUGGUCGACUGCCUGAGGCGCAAGAAUUUCCGGGAGCUGGUGGACCAGGACAUCCAGCCGGCGCGCUACCACAUCGCCUUUGGCCCCGUGGUGGACGGAGAUGUGGUGCCCGACGAUCCGGAGAUCCUCAUGCAGCAGGGGGAGUUCCUCAACUAUGACAUCCUUAUAGGAGUGAACCAAGGAGAGGGGCUGAAGUUUGUGGAUGACAGCGAGGACAACGACGGCAUCUCAGCCGCUGCAUUCGACUACACCAUCUCCAACUUUGUGGACAACCUUUAUGGCUACCCUGAGGGCAAAGACAUCCUGAGGGAGACCAUUAAAUUUAUGUACACAGACUGGGCAGACAGGGACAAUGGCGACAUGCGGAGGAAGACCCUCUUAGCUCUGUUUACAGACCACCAGUGGGUGGCGCCAGCAGUGGCCACCGCCAAACUCCACGCCGAGUUUCAGUCCCCGGUUUACUUUUACACUUUCUACCACCACUGUCAGACCGAGACGCGGCCGGAAUGGGCCGACGCCGCCCACGGAGACGAGAUACCGUACGUGUUUGGCGUGCCCAUGAUCGGCGCUACCGAUCUGUUCCCGUGCAACUUCUCCAAGAAUGACGUGAUGUUGAGUGCCGUGGUCAUGACUUACUGGACCAACUUUGCCAAGACUGGGGACCCUAACCUGCCGGUCCCUCAGGACACCAAGUUCAUUCACACCAAGCCCAACCGCUUUGAAGAGGUCAUCUGGACCAAGUUCAACUCCAAGGACAAGCAGUACCUCCACAUUGGCUUGAAGCCACGUGUUAGAGACAACUACAGGGCCAACAAGGUGGCCUUCUGGCUGGAAUUAGUCCCCCACCUCCACAGUCUACAUGAGGACCUCUUCCCCACUACUACCCGCUCCCCGCCAGGCCCUGGCCCAGGCACCCACAGACCCUGGCCCAGGACACCGGGCCCCCGCACGACCCGUCACCCUUACCCCACCUUCCCCUCUGAUCCUGAGUCUGAGGGUUCGGAGCGUCCUCACCAGGACCUUUUCCCCGGGGACACCCGGGACUACUCCACCGAGCUGAGUGUGACGGUCGCUGUGGGGGCGUCGCUCCUCUUCCUCAACAUUUUGGCCUUUGCCGCCCUUUAUUACAAGCGCGACAAGCGGCACGAGAUGCGCCGCCACCGGCUGUCUCCGCAGCGCGGCGGGCCCGCCAACGACCUGGCCCACAGCCAGGAGGAAGAGAUCAUGUCCCUGCAGAUGAAGCACUCGGAGCACGACGCUCACCACGACAUGGAGCCGCUUCGGCCCCACGACAUCCUGCGGCCCGCUUGCCCGCCGGACUACACGCUGGCGCUACGCCGUGCGCCCGACGACGUGCCACUGAUGACACCCAACACCAUCACCAUGAUCCCCAGUACCAUCACCAGCAUGCAGCCUCUUCACGCCUUCAACACCUUCCCCUCAACCGGUCACAACAACACGCUGCCCCAUCCCCACUCCACCACCAGGGUAUAGUAGGGAGUGACUGGCCUAGGGAGCAGGAAGACUGAAUCUAGAACGGAGGCCUCUGGAUGGGGGCCUCUGUUCUGUUCUCUUACUUGCUUGUUUCUCCAAAAAGCAACGCCAUCAUGUGCUGUCGAACUUAGCAGCUCCACUGGUGGCUUGUGGAGAAGCGACUGAACAGAUGAUCAGUUUGGGGGUGGGGGGGGAUUUAGAUCUUUCAAAUAUACUGUUUUCAGAGGUCUGCGUUUUCCAGACUCGAGCUCCCUGACAUUUGUCAAAAGGACAGAUGCUUUUUGCCCCCUUGCAGUUUUCCCUUUUUUAAAUUUACUUUGUCUUUGUCUUUUUUCUCUCCCUGGUGUUAUGUGCAAAUGCUGUUCUCCUUUCUACGUCUGUGUCUUAUUCUUGCUUAGUUUCUCUCAUUCAACACGUGAUUAUCUCCCUCUCCCUAGCGCUCCUUUGCUCUAAAGAACAACUAAUGAGCUCUAGGAGGUUGCAUAGAAUACAUACACUAAUCAAAUAGCUAUGAAAACAUUGAUAUCUGAUACUUUCAUUCUACCAGCAUUCUUGGUGCCAAGUAUGUAGUACUGUGUUUGCUUUCUCACUGAGGGAGGAAAAAAACUAAAGAAAGCGUUUUCCUAUUUACUGUCACUUAACAGAUGCUGUGUAUUCUCAUGACAAAGUGCCAAACUGGCCCUUGAUUGUGUUUAGUUCUUUUUUUCAUCUUCUGUUUCUUUUUUUCAAGCAUUUGUUUAAUAGUUGUUUUUUGUGGAAAGAUUAUUUUGCUGAAAAUAUAGAUAUAGAGAAAUGAUAUACAUAGUUAUAUAUAAAUGUGUACAAAGGAGAAAGUAUAUUAAUGCGUUUUCUCAGCGGGGAUCUAUGCAUGAAUUAUUUUUAAAGAGGGGGAAAGGACACUGUAUUUGUCAAUGCACGUUUCCCAAAUCUAAUCAAAUGAUAUCGAUCCACUCUGGAUAUUUUGUUUUAUCUCGCAGAACAAGAACGUCACAGAAAAUCCUGUAGAAACCCAACCCAGGGGUCAUUGCAACAACUGUGAACAUACUUCAUUCUCUUCUGCAGAACAUGAUGCUAAUCAAAGGUUUUUCUCCCAAACAGGUGAAACAGUGAGCCCAUCAUCCUACAGUAGCUACUUUUUCUUCCCAUCUGUAUGGAGAUGAUGCUUUUUUAGGGUACGUGAGGUACCACAUCUCUGUUGUUGUAGCUGGCCUGUACAGAAUUAUUUUUGUAUUUCAUUGAGAGUGAGAAACAAAGCAGAGACAGGGAGCCUUUGCUCUUUUAUGUAUACCUUCCUUGUCCUGUCUGCACCCCUAUUUCCAGCACAUACAUAUUCUGUGUGUGUGUGUGUGUGUGUGUGUGUGUGUGGAGGGGGGGGGGGCUAAUUAGCAAAGAGAUAGAGAGGCAGACAGGUUGGAUCACUCCCAUGGUAAAAAACAAAAAACAACAACUUUGACUCCAAAAUGAGCUCCCUCCUGCUGAGUACCCAAACACCCCCCUCUGUAUCAACAUCACUUGCUCCCUCCGUCAGUACAUCAGCUUUGUAUUCCAAACUGACGUUCAUAUUGCGGCGAUCACACGUGAUCAGCUCCCCGCUGUGAACCACAGAACUCCAAAACACCUGACUUCACUGUGUCAGCUGCAUUCUACACAAUAUCUGACCUCAGUUCGGCUCUGCUAUUAUCCUCACAUUCAAAGGGGUUAGUUCAAGAAUCUAGUGACUUUUUUUCUGAGCUCGUCAGUUGUAAACGAAACUCUAAGCACACCGAGGGUAAGUGGCAGGCCUCCGCGGCCUACUGCGCAGAGCUGCAAGAUUUAAAAAUAUAUAUAUAUAUAUAUAUAAGAAAAAAGGGGGACUCGGUUCUCCUAAACAGGGUAAAAUGCAACACAGUUAACAACUGCUGUUUUCUGAUUCUGCUCUUUUCUUUCGGGUGAGAAUGUGCAGAACUCCCCCUUUCAAUUCUCUGCUACGGAUCUCAAACAUGGAUCACGGGUAAUACUCUGGUUGAUACAGUAUGUGAACUGAACAGGAACACAUGGAAGCCUACAUCCACUAUGGGAGAAUAGUUAGUCACCGGUGCUGUCUUUGCUUGUGCUUUAGCUUUAGCCUAGUUUGUUUGUUUGUUUGUUUUGUAUUUUAUAACUGCCUAACGGGGUGGU